AUGCCAACUGUGUCGGAGUAUUAUCACACCUUGGAAUCCCGAAUCGGCUACAGGCUUAUUCUCGGAGGAACAAGGCACUUUGGAUACUACAGAGAGGGGACACUAUGGCCCUUCCCCCUCGGGGAUGCCCUGCGGAGGAUGGAAGAUCACCUCUACCGUACACUCAACCUGAGAGACGGCUCGUUGGUGUUAGAUGCCGGAACCGGGAACGGAGACGUUGCGAUAUUCAUGGCCAGGAAAGGUCUGAAAGUCAAAGCCAUUGAUCUCCUACCUAUGCACGUUGGCUGGGCCCGGGAGAAUGUCAAGCGCAAGCAUUUAGGGGAUCAGAUCGAGGUAUCAUGCGGCAACUACGAGCAGUUGAAGUUUGACGACGACACCUUUGACGGCGCCUACACGAUGGAGACCCUCGUUCAUGCCUCCGAACCUCAGCAGGCUAUGAGAGAGUUCUACCGCGUUUUGAAACCCGGCGGAGUGGUGACACAUGUCGAGUACGAGCACCACAUGGACAACGAUCCAGUUGGACUCCAUGCUUUGCGUCAAAUCAACACUUACGCACAUAUGCCGGCCUUUGACCAGUUUACCUUGAACGCGAUUCGGGAAAUGCUUCAAGGCGUCGGCUUCCAAGAUGUCGAAGUCCAGGACCUUUCCAAUAACGUGGCUCCAAUGAUGCGCUUCUUCUUCAUAUUAGCCUUCAUCCCAUACCUCAUCAUCAAGCUGCUCGGCUUAGAGGCAUAUUUCGUCAAUGCCAUGGCCGGUGUUGAACUAUGGCGUCACCGAGACCAUGUUCGGUUCUUGAUGGUCAAAGCUAGGAAGCCUGUCGCCAAGCUACCCAGAUCGGAUGAAUGGAGAAGCAGACCAAAGGCAUCGGGUAGCGAAGUAUAG